AUGUCGCGUUUCGAACCUCCGGAGUUGGGAACACAUUUGCAGGGUAAAGUGGUUGUGUUGACGGGAGGCGCCCUAGGCAUCGGCUCUGAACUAGUCCGCCUACUCCACUCUGCCGGCAGCUCCAUCUUCUUCGGCGACAUUUUGAUUCCUCAAGGAGAAUCCCUCGCGUCCGAACUUUCUUCAUCCUCCAAGCCAGGACAAGUUGUAAAGUUCUUGUAUACGAAUGUCUCGGACCAUCUUUCUAAUCUAGGACUCUUUGACUUGGCGUAUAAGACUUGUGGACGAGUGGAUCAUGCGGUUAGUGUGGCGGGGAUCAACAAAGAAGAAAAUAUCGUUGAUGGGGACUUGACGUUGGAGAGUGUGAGAAAGGAACCAAACAUCAACGCUUCUCUGAACGUCAACCUCAAAGGCCCGAUCUUAUUUUCUCGACUCGCUAGUGUGUAUCUCCGUCAACAACCGCCUACCAACGACAAGACGUCUUCUACUGCAAAAACAGAACCAGCAACAAAGAACAAAUCUUUGACGUUGGUGAGUAGUGUUGCGGGCUUCACCGAAGCUCCCGGGUUGGCUGUUUAUUCGUCGAGUAAACAUGGGGUGUAUGGAUUGAUGAGAGCGUUGAGGAAAGUCCUGAUCAAGCAAGAAAUCAGAACCAACGCCAUAUGUCCCUGGAUGACAGAAACAAGAAUGGUCUCUGGAAUCGAAGAAUCGUGGAAAGAAGCAGGAUUGCCACGUAACAAAGCCAUUGAUGUGGCUAGAGUGAUUGCUGGCGUCAUGGUUGCAGAGUCACUGAAUGGAGAAGCUCUUUAUGUGGAAGGAGGCAGGGCUUGGGGUAUUGAAGAAGGUAUUGAACGAACGCAGCCGCAAUGGAUGGGUGAGAAGCAAAGUCGUGAUUUUCAGAAGGGGCAGGAGGUUUUGGGAACAGGGGAGAAUUGGUGA